AUGCGCAUUUCCACGCCGCCUAAAACUCGUUCCUGUGGCCCUGCCGCGAGGCCUCCGUCUGCAAAUGUCGCGGCUCGCCUUCUCCUUUUCGCGGUCCUUUCGUUCAUUGCCGGCGCAGGCGCUGCUUGCUCCCUUCCCACCGCCAAUCGCCCGCUGCCGCGCCGAGAUGCCCAGCGUCUGUCCCAACACCUGCGUGGCCUGUCUCGCCUCGCUCGACCCACCCGCGCUCGUCGCUCGCUUUUAAAGCUCAACACCGCCCCAGGCGCCGCCGCGGCCGGCUCGAAAUCGACCGGCGCAAGCGCUGCAAGGCCCGUCGUGUUGGAAGGCUCGCAAUUGGGCGCGCUGGUGCAGCUGCAGGAGGCGUGGGGCGCGUGGGCGGGCAACAAUAACGCCACCACGGCGUGCUCUGCGUGGACUGGCGUCACCUGCAGCCCCAACGGGCUCGUCGUUGCCCUGGAUGCAAAGCAAUUAUCUGAAGUGGAUCCUCCCCCCAGUGGCGCCAUACCUGCAUCCAUCACUAAUCUUGCCACUCUGCAAUACCUCGAUCUGACCUACAUUGACCUGGUGGGGUCCAUUCCAUCCCUCGCUACUCUCACCCGCCUCACCCACCUAGCUAUAGGAGUGGCGGGCAGCAGGCUGACUGGCAGUUUGGACGGACUGGCCUGGCUCUCAUCCCUCACCAACCUGCAAACAUUGAGUCUGGAAUACUUGGAGGCAUUCACAGGGGAAUUGUCCUCCCUGCACAUUCUUUCUCACAUGAGAAACCUUCAACAGCUGACACUCACUUCGCUCACCAAUGCCACAGGGGAGAUACCCAGGGAGAUCCGAUAUUUGACUGCCCUCACUUCACUAGACUUAUCUUUCCUUCGUGCCUUGGAGUUUCCCGAGUGGGUCACUCAUCUCUCCAACCUUCAGUACCU